AAAACUUAAUCUUCCAACAUCUUUAUGUGACAGUUGAUUUUGAAGCCCUAGAGGAUAGAAUUCCUUGAUGUAAAGUUCCUGAGAUUGCACUCCUUAGGAACUUGAAGGCUUUGAAACUGAACAAACAAGCACCACUCUGAUCACGUCACUCAGACAAUGGUUUUCAGCCCAUCUGCAGACUUGAUUUACUGCAAUGGAUGAUGGUGGAGGAAGAGUUCUCCUAGAUGUUCUCAAUGAUCCCCAUGCAUUGGAAACUUUCUUGGGACUGAGCGAUUCAAAAUGCUCUUCACCACAGUCAUCGGACGUGACAUCUUCUGUGGAUGCUACCCGACUGCUGGGGGAUGCAGAUUUCUCAAGCUCUCUUGAUGGAGUGAAUGCAGUGAGCAGCACAACCCCUGAAGAUGCACUGGAAGAGCUUCUUCGUGGUGCAUCCUCUGACCAUGUGGACUUGGGUCCACAUUCCCAUCCUUUCCAGAUCUCUCCCACAACUCCAGCCUCCACUCCUCCACCUAUCCUGGCGACAGCUGGGCAGCCAGCCAUUUUUGGUUCUACAUUAAGAGCUCAGCUUAUGACUGUACCCCGGAUGAUCCAACCAAAACAGCCGCAGAUCUUGCCAAAGAUCCAAGGAAGCUCCAAGGCUGCUCGAACAUCCUCACCAGGUCCAAGUGCAGCAAAAGUGACAUCUGCUCCAACUCCCAUUAUUGUGAAUCAGCAAAUGGUCCUUUCUCAGCCUGUGCUCAUUCAAACUCCAACAGGAGGAAUGCAAUUCGUACUUCGCCCAGCUGCUCCUCAAGUUAGCCAAGCGGGUCAACUGCUCACACUUCCAUUGCAAGGACAGCCUGCUGCAUCCUUGCAAUUGGGAGCCCCAAAGACUACAGAUCAGCCUCAAAUGAUGCUGCCAGGGACAACAACAGCCUUGGCAGCUUCAAGUCAAGGCCAGGCAUUGAUCAUUCCUCAACUAAUGAACCAGCCUGUACGUUCCUCACUCCCCUUAAUACAGAUUGGGGGAACCACCAUGCAGCUUCAGCAGAUCCAGACUCCAAAUGGCAUCAUGACUGUGGCAAUCCCUGCUCCCAGUCAGACUUUGAAUCUCCAAAGUGCUGCGGCUGUGCGCCCUGCAGUCACUCGGACGUCUGCAUCUGUUGCCACCUCUUCCGUGAAUCAUCAUGUGCAAAACUCCAUCAGUAUUAGCCUCCCUGUGUUUCACAACAAUAGUGGCUCUGUCGAUGCUGCAGCAAUGGGAUCUCAGAGCAAGCAUCGACCUCCUGUGAUAAAUGCCAUGUUGGCCAAUGGUGAGGCGCUGGGUGACCUUGACAAGCCACCGCCAAAGAAGAAGGCCAAGAAGAAAAAGAAGAAGGUAGAAGGUCCAAAGCCAUCCAGUCUGCUGAAUCCAGAUGAACUAUUGAUGCAAGCCGUGAGGGAAGCAGGAAUUGGAGAUGAUGACUUCCUUGAGGACCUAAUGCCACCUGCAAGUGGCCCAGAAGUGUUCCGCUCUGAUUCUUUAAUCCCUGGUUCUCUAGAUCCUUCCCAACAUGCUAGUCUAGCCAAACCUCCAGGUCCACAUUCUCAUGUGAAUGCUGAAAUGGUUGGAACCAACCACUUACCCUCUUUGACAUCCACACCAAUCCUCAAUCAGAACUCUGGUGCAAGCGUCUCCCUAUCCUCGGCUGGGAAAGUGAUUUUCUCAACACCGUUUCCCUCUCAGCAGUGUUUGGUGCCGUUUACAUGCAGUGACAGUGUGGUCCAGAGCCAGAAUCCCGGUAUCCAGGCAGCAUCAAUCCAAGCCUCUUCAAGACCAGGUGUCUCAGUACAAAAUAUGCCCUCCCUGGCAGCUCAGACUCCAGGCAAUGCAGUGCUAUUAUCUCAGAAUCCUGGGAAAGGGAAUUGUCCAACAUACAUUGCCAUCUCGACCACAAGUAAUGCAGGCUCCAGCAGGGCUGUGAUCUCCAAUUCAACUGUGAUAGCCUCAAGUUCAUCCAGAACAGAGCCCACAAUGAACCACAUUUUUCAGAAAAAGAACAAUACCACGUAUCCUAGUGCAAAGAAAAAACGGCCCAUAUGUCCAGCCAGCAGUGGGGAAACACAGGCACCAGAGCCUGCAGUGACCCUGAUGGCUGCACAGCCACAAGUAAGCCAAACUUUGCACAUCCAACCUUUUCUUGCUAACACCCUCACUUCCCCUGUGACUAACCCGGUGACUCUGAAGCAGCAUGCCUCUCCCAAUGUGGUUGUCCAGCCAGAUGGAGCACUCCUUCCUUGCAGCCGCAAAUUCACUGCUUCUUCCUCUUUUCCUGCACACACUCUGAAAUUGUCUCCAUCUAUUGCUUUGCCUCGCAAUCCACACUUCACAGAAGCUUCUCCCAAUCCUUACCAGCAGCCGGUACUAAUCCAGACCACGUCUCCAAGUUCCUCGGUGAGCGUGAGUAAUGGUCAGCCUGCUUCUGGUGUCGUCGUACAUUCAGGAGGGCAGCUUGUGCUUCAACCUGGUCAGCGGGUCCAAGCAAUCCAACUUAGUGAAGAACAUCAGCAGGCAAGUCUGCUUUUCUGCACUAAGCUUCUGGCUUUUAACUUGCGUGCUGUGCAGUCGCAAAUCUUGAAGUUACAGCAGGAAAAGAGCUUGAGUCCUAUGCAGAAGCAGUUGCUGGAGAAGCUGAUUGCAGCACAGAAUCGCAUCUUAGCCCAGGGCCGACCUGUGGACCCUCGGGAUUCCAAGGUUUCAUGGGCCAUCCCCACCAUACCCAGACCUCAAGCUCAAGGUGUUGCUCUGGUAUCAGUCAGUACAAAUUCUGCACCUGUGAGGUACUUGCACCAAGUGGGUCCACAGAUCAUUGCCCUCACACCACAACAGAAGCAAUCCACUGGGAAGGUGGGUCAGUCGAUUGGGUCUGGACCAGCAUCUGUGAUGGGUGAAACUGCAAAGGUAACCCUUUUGCAGAAGAUUGCACCAGCUCCCUCCCCAGCAACCUCACCUCCUGCGACCUCUGCCUCGACUGCUGCCCCUGGUGCUACCAUCUACAACUUGGCACAAUCGUCAGGCACAACAACUCUGACUACUCAGGUUCAAGUACAGGUGCAGGUGACAGGGAAUGGGUCCAAGGAUCAAAGUGGGAUGCUGCUUUCCCCUCAUCUGCAGUCCCAGUGUCAGGCACAAGUUCAACCACAAGCACAAACCCCAUGCCAGGGCACAAGAAGUAUCAGUACUUCGACUCCAGCCCAUGCUCAGGCUCAGCAGAUGAUCAUCUCUGGUGUGGCCCGGCAGAUCCCUGCCAUUCUCCUCUCUCCUGUAGUUGCCACCUCCUCUCCUGUGGUGACUACUCAAACAGAGUCUGUCUCAAGCCCAGCUGUUUCUAUGGCACUCAAGGAACGCCAACUUCUAUUUGAGAGCCAGCUAAAGACAGAUGAGGUUGCUGCUCACAACCCUGACUGUAAAACACCCUGGCGAUCUAAGGAGGACAUGGUGAAGCGACUCAUGCCUUACCAUGUCUUCUAUGAGCCCCUCCCCAGCUCUGAAAUGCUUCAGCUUGAGAAAGAUGGCUUUGAGGAUCGAUGUCAGUACCUGAUGAACAAGAUGCGGUAUAUGUUGAACAAGUACCAAUACCUUCUCCUCAAGGACAGCAUGAGGGAAGUGCCAUCAGCAGAGCAGGUGAUGUUAGAACGUACCUUUUACUCUGAGGAGAAGACACGGCUGUUACAAGAUCGAGAGCUGGUCAAAAGAGGAGAAUCUCUGUCUCUGCCCCUACCUCCUGAUCACUGGGACCUUGAUCUCCCCCACUUGAGAACAUCAUUAGAGAGCGAAGCAAAUCUGGCAACCUCGCCCCAGCCGGUCAUCAAACCGUGCUCGGUGGUGAUGAGUGAUGUGCUUAAGAGUGACUUGCCCCUAGUGAACCCCAAAGUAUCACGGAGUAACAAGGGUGGGGUUGACCACUAUGAGUCCCUACCCAUAUUGAAUGGGUUGGCACGCAACCACAAAGUGGAAGCUGCCCCCACUCCCACAUGCAACGGGGAACCUGAUCCUGCUCUCGACGCAGCUGUCCGCAGCAUCCUUCUGUGAUCCCACAACCACAUCUCAGUCCAUUAGUUUUUUUCUUUAUCUUUUCCCCAAGUUCCUCUCCCUUGAUUUUCUGUAUUUCAUGAAAUUCUUCUGGUAUAGGUGUUGUCAGCAGUCAAAGCUUUCAUGACAUGGUGUUCCCUGAGAAAGCACUCUCUGCUAUUUCAACCAGCCAAAUUAUCUAGGAGUAAUAAUGGAGUCAAAUUGGUAUAUGGCAUCCAUGCAAGGGCUAGUGAUGAAGUCAAGUGUCUCACAGAGGAUGCUGUGAUUUCCCGGUUGUGAAAAUGUGCCUUUUUUGCCUCACAUCUCUGCGCCAAGUCAUUCUUGAGUCCGAGGAAACUUGCUGUCCCGUGACGAUGAUUCUGCUCAGGUGUUGUUAUAAAAAAUACCCUUCCUUGCAAUCAAGAGAUAUUCCCUUCUUUCUCUCCUUAUAAUGGUUUUUCUUUCAAUUGUGAUAGGUUUCUGCUAUUUUUUUCUGUUUCCAUCUGAUGAUUGACUGAACAGCAACUUCCACCUAGACUAAUUGAGAUUGUGAUAUUGGUUCUAGUAGGCCUUAUGAUGGUCUGGCAGCAGUCUCUUUUCCCAGUAUGAUGGUCUGAAAAAAAAAAUAUUUUUCAUUUCUCCCAUAUUUAUUUUCAUGGAAAGCAAUUUUCUUGCAGAUUUGAUUCUGUUUUUAUAUGUAUUGAUGAAUUUUUCUGGAUAGAGUUGGGCUUUUUUGCACCUUUGGUGACUGAGGAUGUUGGCCAAAUGUACUGCAUCAUGCCUAAGGAGUAAUUUUGAGAACACUGGUCCUGAACAUGAGCUAUUGACUGCAGAAAUCUCACAUCUUGCCAUUCAUAGUGCAAAAUCAAGUUGCAAGUGCAAAAGGCUGCAGGUUUCCUGCAGCCAGGGCUAUCCUUCCAUUAUAUAGUCAUAAAUACUUUCCAUGUGAUACUGUGCAUAAUUUUGAAUUCCCAGUUUUUUCCUGGGCUCCUUUCCCUGUAUAAUUUGCCUCUGCUGGAAAUGAAAUUUUAGGACUUCAGAUGAAUGUGGAGAAUUUCCACAAGAGUCAAGGAUUCAAACAAUUUGCACUUAAGAUUUUGCAGACUUUUUUUUAAGUAUUUUUUUCAUGUUCCUCCUGUGGUGUGAAACGCUGCAGUUGCGCCAGUGAUAUCCAAUUGAUGGUUUCAAUCUGUGUCUCUUGUUCAUGACAGUGCAUGUAAGUUUUUUUUGCAGAAAAGAAGCAAAUAUUAUGAUGUUCUGCAUA